UUGUCUAUCCAACUUCAGCAAAGCGAUGAAUACGUAGCGAGAAUCGAGCGGCCUGGUGGUGAACCCGUAUGGGCACUUCGCUUCUGUGCUCCUCGAACGGUCGACGAUGCUUCGAGAAGAUUCUACGACAAUGAACCCGCGUCGGAAGUGCUUGUAGUCACCGAUUGGAGUCGCAGAGUCGGUUUCUACGAUUCUGAGGGUAACUCGAUCAAAAGGGACGAUAUGGAGCUGGACUACGAUCCAACUUGUGUGGAAUUUAUUCCUAGUGGGCAAUUUUUGCUCAUCGGAGGAUCGGGACGACAAGUUACCUUACACACGAGGAUGGGAACCGAGAUAGGUACCGUAGCCCAGAUGGACACAUGGGUAUGGUGUAUCCGUGUGAGACCCGUGUCGAAUCCAAGUACAGUGGUUGUUGGUUGUGUGGAUGGGACCAUUGCUUGCUAUAAUCUCAUGUUCAGUACUAUACAUGGUCUGCAUAAGGAAAGAUACGCUUUCAGGUAG